CUGGCUGUCCCCCCUCCUCGUGACGUGAACUCGUGAUCCCCACCCCCCAGAUUCCCCGUCGGUCGUCGCUCCGCCUCCCCGGAGGAAAGACCCGCGCCGCCAUGAAUCCCGAGUAUGACUACCUCUUCAAGCUCCUGCUCAUCGGAGACUCCGGCGUGGGGAAGUCUUGCCUGCUUCUGAGGUUUGCGGAUGAUUCAUAUCUGGAGAGCUAUAUCAGUACUAUCGGUGUUGAUUUUAAAAUCCGUACUGUCGAGCAAGAUGGGAAGACAAUAAAGCUGCAAAUUUGGGACACUGCUGGUCAAGAACGAUUCAGGACCAUUACGAGCAGCUACUACCGUGGUGCCCACGGGAUCAUUGUUGUUUAUGAUGUGACUGAUCAGGAGAGCUUCAACAAUGUCAAGCAGUGGCUGAAUGAAAUUGACAGGUAUGCCAGUGAAAAUGUGAACAAGCUUUUGGUGGGUAACAAAUGUGAUCUAGCGGAGAAGAGAGUGGUUUCUUAUGAGGCCGGCAAGGCCCUUGCUGAUGAGAUUGGAAUACCAUUCUUGGAGACCAGUGCGAAGGAUGCAACAAAUGUGGAGAAGGCGUUCAUGACCAUGGCAGGAGAGAUAAAGAACAGGAUGGCGAGCCAACCUGCUACAAAUGCAAGCAAGCCUGCAACUGUGCAAAUGCGAGGCCAACCUGUUGGCCAGCAAAGCAACUGCUGCUCUUGAUUGUUGAUUUAGAUCAAAACAGUGUGCUUGUGCAGCAAGCAACACUUAAUUGUCCAUCCCUUUAAAUUAUGUCUAUUAGUACUAUCGAAAAGCUUGAUGUGUCAGAUGCUAUUGGAAGAAGUCUGUCCCUAACUGUCACGAAGCAGCAGAUGCUGUGGGCCUGUUUUAACGCUCUGUUCAUAUUUCCAUCUUUAUGUCCCAAAUGCUGAUGUUGGUAUGGUGAUAGUGCAAUCCUGUCAAAGAUUGCUUGUGUCAGGCAUGCAUUGCCUCCAUAGUUGGCAUUUUCCUGUAGAUAUUUAUGUGUCGUUGCGAUCCGAUGUUUGUAUCAUAUAGAAAUUUAUUUGAAGUUGGGAUGAUCCGUAUUUGCAUCCUGUAGAGAUUUAUGUGAAAUCGGGAUCCAUUGUAUUUCAAUGUUGAAACAAGCAUCAUUCAACUCGAUCUGUGAUGGUAGUUUUUGAGAGGAUUA